CUCAAAUCUUCUCUUUAAUCUUAACAAAAGAACCAGAGAGAAAAGAAAUGGGUAACUAUGGAGUUUUCUCUGUUCUUCUCCUUUCAUGCUUCGUAUUUUCAUCUGGAUUUGGAGUUGAAGCAGUGAUCGGAGCUGCGGAUGAGGUCUUUGUUACUUCAACCAAGGGAAAGGAAGUAUAUUCGAGGAAGAUGAGGAUGGAAGCAUUUAAUUCUUUUGUUACUCCACUUAAAGUUCCAUCCGUUGACUCUGUUGUUCCUCCUGUUCCUCCUCCCAAAGUUCUACCGGUUGACUUUGUUGUUUCUCCAUCCAAAGUACCAUCUAUUAACCAUGUUGCUCCUCCAUCCAGAGUAUCAUCUGUCAACUCUGUGCCUCCACCCAGAGUACAAUCUGUCAACUCUAUACCUCCACUCGGAAAACAAUCUGUCAACUCUGUACCUCCACUUAGAGUACAAUCUGUCAACUCAGUGCCUCCACCUAGAGUACAAUCUGUCAACUCUAUACCUCCACACAGAGAACAAUCUGUCAACUCUGUACCUCCACCCAGAGUACAAUCUGUCAACUCUGUGCCUCCACCCAGAGUACAAUCUGUCAACUCUGUGCCUCCCCCCAGAGUACAAUCUGUCAACUCUGUGCCUCCACCCAGAGUAUAAUCUAUCAACUCUGUGGUUCCUCUACCGAAAAUUUCAUCUGUCAACUCUAUAGUUCCUCCACCAAAAGUAUCAUCUGUCAACUCUGUACCUCCACCUAAAGUAUCACCAGUCAACUCUGUAGUUCCUCCACCUAAAGUUCCAACUGUCGACUCCGUAGUGUCCCACCUAAAGUUCCAAAGUUCCAAAGUUCCAUCUAUCAACUCCGUUGUUCCUCCACCUAAAGUUCCAUCUGUCGACUCUGUUGUUCCUCCACCCAAAGGACUAUCUUUCUGAGUCACAUGUAAAACUUUAAUCUUUAUAAGUAUGUAAUCAAGAUGCAUGUAGAAAAGAAAAUUAAGCGUA